GAGAUAAAAGCUGUAUUGAGAGGUCUAGCAGCAUACAUGCAGGAGAGUUUGCCCACUCCGUGAGCUGUGGCAUUUCGACAAGCACUGAGAAAAGUGACUUCAGUCCUGUCUUCUAAGGAUGGUUUCAGUGCAGCCACAUUAGUUACAAAAGGCCUGGAUCAGCCACCCAAAGUGCAGUUCAAUCCAGUAAGGAGGGAUGUGGGCUCAUGCUUUUGGGUUCUCUGCCUUGCCUCAUAUCGGGGGAUUUCUCGGCUGGUUCUUGACACGAAAGGAAGUACCAAUUUGGUUUGAAAGCCUGAAGAAACCCUCUUGGCGUCCACCCAACAAAAUGUUCCCUGUCAUGUGGACUACCUUGUACACAGGCAUGGGCUAUGCUUCAUACUUGGUGUGGAAUGACUUAGGGGGCUUCAACAGCAAAGCCAUCAUCCCGCUGGGCCUCUAUGGGGCUCAGCUUGCCUUGAACUGGGCUUGGACUCCCCUAUUCUUUGGAGCUCAUAAGCUAAAACUGGCUCUGGUGGACAUCCUGUGCCUAUAUGGCCUGGUGCUUGGCACCAUGUACUCUUGGUACCCCAUUAACAAGAUGGCAACAAUGCUGAUGGUGCCUUACCUGGCCUGGCUGACCUUGGCUUCUUCUCUCACCUUCUGCAUCUGGAGGGACAAUCCUGAGGAGGAAAAAGGAAAGAGCGACUAAGACAAAGAGAGAAGCCGGUGAAAUAAGGUCAUUCUAUGAAACCAACCCAUCCUGAUGUGGUGGACCAAGAGCUGAUAGCCUGGGGGUGGUUAAUUUUAUUAAGAUGGGCACCUGAACAUACAUAUCAUUUGCAAAGGGUGCAUGGGGAAAAUUCUGCACAAUGCAAUGGGAAGUCCCUUUAAGGUUACCAUACACCUUUAACCUGAGAAUCCCUGCCUCUCUUUUUCUCCAACAAUGCUGGGGUUUUGGGGUUACAGCUGUAUGGUGGCCUUAAAGGGACACUAACAAGUUAAAUCUCAUAGACCAAUUUCUGCUCUGUUAUGCCACUGUAAAUUCAGAGUCCCUCCACUGAAGACAAUGGAGUUAUUCUGGAUUUAUAUCAGUGCAACUGAGAGCAGAAUUUGCUCGCAUACAUUAAAAAAAAAUUCUCACCUGUGUGAUGAAAAACACCUGAGAUGAUUAAAACAGGACAAUUUUUACAAACCUAAUGGCUUUUUGCCAUUCUUGCUGUUUAAUUUUUGCAUAGGACUCAGUUUGGACUUUUUACCAUUAGCCAUUAACUUCUCACCAUCUAGCUCAUUACUUGCCUUUCUCUCUGCCAGUGAAAUGAAAAUGGUCAGGUUCAUCUGCUUUUAGUCUAUUGUGCUUCUUGGUUCUCAUGCCCCUGUAUAAUUCUGCAAUGACUGGAGUGCAAAUAACUGUACAGAAAGGAAAUGUUUAUCUGUCCCACCUCCAAAAUACCUCUCCCCACAACCCCCCUCCCACUCUGUAUUCACUGAAAUAAAACAACCUCCCCAAACAUGUACUGACACAAUUAUGUUGCUAAUAUGCUUUGUAAAACCUUCAAACCAGCCCCUCUAAAUAUUGUGCCUUAAACUACCAGACGGCAGCUGGGAUUUUCAAAGGUGCACAAGGGAGUUAGAUGCCAAAAUCCCAUUGAAAUUCAGUGGGAAUUGGGCACCUGACUCCUUUAAAAUCCCAGGCAGUACCACUUUGGCAUUUUCCAGGAUAGCGGAAGUGGUGCCUGAUUCAUGGAACAAAUAGGCCCAUAAGGACUGUUCAGGUGAGAGAGUGCUUUCGGUGUAACCGUUUGGGCAUGAACUAGAGCCUGGGGUCUAGGAUCCUGCGAGGUGGAAGGGGGGAAAUGAACCACACUGCAAUUAAACAGCCCCUUAGCCUAAGCCCUGUGAGCCCACGUCAGCUGGCACAGGCCAGCCGUGGAUGUCUAAUUGCAGUGUAGACACACCCUUAGAGCAUAGGGUUGCCAGUUUUGGUUGGGCAUAUUCCUGGAGGUUUUCAUCACAUGACAUAAUCUUUAACUGAAGAUGAAUCUUUAAUUCCUGGAGAACCCAGGACAAUCCUGGAAGGCUGGCAGCCCUAUGAGAGGAAGGUCCAUCCCAACCUCCCCCAUUCUGAUCUUUCCUUCUGCUGUCUAGGAUAUAAUGUUCUCUGUUUAGAGAGGAUUUACAAUUUUUUUUAUGAAAUAAAACCAUGUAUGGAUCUUUAAUGGAUCUUUUUACUGGCAGCUGAUUGUAGGGGUGAAGGGCAUUAUUUUGGGUAGUGUAGUUUGAACUGCAGAGGUAGAGACUUGUGUUUGCUUUUAAUAAAACCAAGAUUUUUUUGUUUGCAAAAAAAAAAAAUCCAUUCUUUGUGGUUCUGAGUUUGCAAAAGGGCUGGGAAAGGUUCAAGGGACCCUGGCUAGAGCCCAUGGCUUUUGCACGGAACUCAGAAGGAAGGGGGAAAUGGCAUUAGGCACUAGUUCUGUGAAAGGCUCCAAGGAACCUAUUGAACCUUGUGGAAAAAAGCUCCUCAAUGCACAGGUUAGAACAAACGAAACUGCUCACCCCCUGCUCGUGCUGAUGUGGUAAUCUUGCCUUCCACAGGGAGGGAAAGAGGUGAUAUGCCAAUAGGAUGGGGCCAGAUGGCUGGCCAUGAGAAUGCUUAUGGAGGAAGCCACAUCUCAACUACAGCAGGGACUCCCUUUUCCUCCCUGGGAGACACUAGGCUGGGUUUCUAUGCAUUUAAUUCAGUAGGGCUGAAAGUUUCCAAAGGGCCCUCUAAUUUUGAGCGCCCCAUCUUGGGCCUGAUUUUCAGAGGUACUGCGUUUCCAUGACUCCAACUAAAGUGAGUAGGAGCGGCAGGUGCUUGGCUCCUCUGAAAACUAGGCCCACGGUGAAAUGAGCAUCUACAAAUCAAGGCACCUGAAAUCAGUGGCUAUUUUUGAAAAUUUGGCCCUGUACUUUGUUUCCUCACCUUGAUCCAACCUUGCCAUCAGUCCUUUCCACUGGUGAAAGGUAUUACAUGACACAGUGGAACUCUGCCAUAAGGGUAAAGCUUGCUGGACAGAAGAAAGAGCUUUCUUGAGGACUGUAACCAGGUGGCUCACCCUUGAAAGGCUGGAGGGCUGGGGCUAGCCAUCCCUGAUUACAGAGUGAGCCACACCUGGGUGACUGUCCUAUAAAGAGUAGCAAAAGGCUGCAACAAAGGGGGCAAUGCUCAGGGAUUAGAGAUUGCUAGGCGUGAAUGUCAGAACUGAAACACCAGCCAGGGAGGGCCUGGAAGUGGCCUGCCAAAGCAGGAAAGACCCCAGGCAGGAAGGCCUAUGAAGAGGAAUCAUAGAAUCAUGAGAAACUUUUGUUUGGAUGGACUUUUUGGAUGGACUUUGAAACUUUAUUUUAAUGUUUGUUAAUUUAAUAAAGCACAACCCGAGAAGGGAUGGGAAUGGACAAAAGCGUUUUUCAGUUUCUUGAACAGUCUAAGAGGGAAAAUGGAGGCAGGAUUCUUGUAGAAGGACCCUAAGCCAAGAGGGGGCACACGGGAGGCAGCUGGCCCACUAUAGGGACCAACCCAAGACUGAGGGCUAAUCUGGUGAAGACGCUUUAUGCUGUUGGGUGAGAGCUCUGCCAUCAGCAUAAUUACUCCACCUCCAUGAAAGGCAGAAGCUAUAUCAGCGAGAGAGCGUCUCCCACCGACGUAGCACUGGUGUGGACAGCGCUUAGGCUACUGGCACUGGCGUCGCUUAGAGGGGUGGCUUUUUCAUGCCCCUGAAUGACAUAAGUUACAUCGACUUAAGCAGUAGUGUAGAUCUGCCCUGUGGAAUGAACUCCCAUAGGAACUAAGGACCAAGACAAACCCCAUCACUUCUUCUCCAAGUGCAAGGUGCACUUCUUUGACCUUGACUUCUCUAAACACAGAGUAACACGUGUUAGUCUCUAAGGUGCCACAAGUACUCCUUUUCUUUUUGCGAAUACAGACUAACAUGGCUGCUAUUCUGAAGCGUGUGUGUGUGUGUGUAUUUUAUAUAUAUAAAAAAAUUCUCCACCCAUUGUACACACUUCUUCCCCUCUGGAGAGGACAAAAGAACAAACACAUGACAGAUGGUAGUCACACUGUUCAAUGCCCUGCUGGACAAUGCUCACCUACACAGUGAUGAGUGCAAUAUACAAACCUAUGCUUGGCCAAACUUUUAUAUUUUUGUUUUAUAAUUUUGACGGGAUAAUAUCAAUGUUUAUUUCUAAGCAUGGUUUUUUCAAUUUUUAUCAUUUUACAUUUUCUCAGCUGCACAAACAAAUGGGUUUUAAGCAUUUUUAAAAUGUUUAUGAAUUUCAAUUUUCACAGUUGGAGAAAUUACUGGGGCAGUCAGAAAAUGGGGGGAGGGGUGGUCAGACGAUAAUUAUUUAAUGGCAGUAGACAAGAUUCAGAAAGUUAAAGCUUUAUAACCAUUAAACCACAAAUUGUCACCAUCAUAGGUCAAAACGUACAAAUAUCCUUAAACUAAUAAGAGCUCAAGCAGCAUUUUCCUUCCUCUGUUGAUCUGUAAAUUUCAAUUAUUAUCAAUGGCAAUUUUUUCAUUGGUUUGUGUGUGUCUGGUGAAAUUGGUGUUUACCAAUAAAAAACGAAUCCUUCCAA